AUGCUUAACCUUGCCAAGCAUCCCCCGUUCCACCCUGACCCCGGCGAAGACGACAAAAUGAAGGUCGACACCGACCCAUGCGAGUCGUCUUCCGUAAUCCUUAACGAUGAAGAGGUGGCUUUUGGUGAAAAGCACGGUGUGUUUCCCGAGCACACUGACUUCAUCACGGUCACCCGCCCUCGAGUUCCUCAUACGUUGAGAUUUCCAGUCUCAUACUUUAAGGAAGAGUCCAAGAACAUGGCCUACAUGUGCAAAUGGGUGACAAACGCAUUGGCCGAGGUGGCCCCUGUCAAGCUUGGCUCCUUCACCACCGCCCUCUUGCUUCCGCCAAAAGAAAACUCGGAUGAUGUUCCCUCCCAAGUUGAUGAUGUUCCUCCCCCAGUUGAGUACCUCCUCUUCAAUGUGUCUUCCGCGACUGAUGUCGCCGCUGCCUGCAAGCACGGUGGUCAACUGAACGUUGAUAACAACGGUCAACAGCCCCGCAGGAUCUAUUUCGAGGCGCACACCGCCACCGCACAGGCCGUGGAAAAAGAGCGUCAAAUCAAAAUUGGUUCGCUCGCCUGGAACACUACCAAUACCAACGUCCGCGCUGCUUUGAAGGACUAUGGCGAGAUUCAAUCUAUCACAACCACCUUUAAUAGCAAGAUGACUAUGAAGGAGGCCCUUGUCAUCUUCAGCUCAGCAACCAGUGUGGCCCAGCUCAAGGAUGAAUGCGCGACUUGCCUGGCUGUGCAGGACGAUGUGGGUACCAUCACCCGCCUAGGUACCACCGAUAUCCCCUUUGAUCCUUCUCUCACGGUCAAGCUCGCUGGUUUGCCUCGCGGCACCACCCCUGCAGAUCUCAAGAAUGUCUUUGACAGCGAGAUCAAAACCCCCAAUGCUGUCCGACCCUAUCACCCUAUCACCAUCCCCCUCAGUCUGACAACCAAAACCCGACAGCCUGAGGCGUAUGUCAAAUUUUCAACUGUCCAGCAGCAGCAAUAUACCCUCAGGACCAAGAUCACUCUCGAUGGCAAGGAAACCAUCUGGCUCAACACUAACGAGCGCACCUGCUUCUUCUGCGGAAGACCCGGUCACUUCCAACGGGAGUAUGUUGAUUUUCGCGCCAUGCUCAACCAUAAAGCUACUCGUCGUGCCAACGCAGCCAUUAUCAGAGGUAAUGCACCCUCCACUCGUUCUACCCCGCAUUCCUCACCCCGCUCUCCCCUCACUCAAGUGCCCAUCCCCACUGCUACAUCGUCUAUCCCUUCCAAGCAGUCAACACCUCAACGCUCCACCACUAUUUCCUCGCAGAGCAGAAGCUAUGCUUCUGCGGUCUCUUCCCCCCAGAAAACCAAAGGAUCUGCGGCUUCCAAUCCCAUCUCCAUUUCCUCCACUCCUCCAAUGACGGCCCGCCCCUCUUCUGUUCCUAAACCACAGGCUGCCCACUCAACCUCCACUGUCCCAGCCACGGCGUCGACAGACUGGACAGCAUACUUCAACAGUCAGCUUGCAAAGAUGAACCAACAGCAUAGAGCCGACCUUGCAUCUGUUCGCACCGACAUGGCCUCACUCAACACCAAGUUGGACCUUCUCCUCAAUGGACUGGGGGUGGCGCAAACGGGCGCCACAACUCCAUUCAAGCCAGCAGUCGCGGAAGAACCCAAGGAUGUCGAGAUCACUGAUGCUACAGACUGCAACAUUAUUGUUCCCGACUCCAUCCCCUCUUCACCACAAUCAGUCGCCCCUGCCUUUCAACAACACGAUGUCCCGGUGGCACAGGCCCACUGUGACACCCACACUCGUCCAAGCACACCAUCUACUGGCAACAAUUCCUACUAUACAUGCACCCUUCGCCCACACUCACUGGGAGGCAACUCCAAGGCGAAAGGAGACAAGGAGCGAGACGAGAGCGGUGGCAAUAGGAAGUUGCCAAUUGCCCAGGAGACGGGGACUAACAAAGAUCCAAAGGCAGUUUUGAUGGAGGAGAACAAGGAGAUGAAGGCCAAGAUCCAGUCCAUGAGCGAGCAGUUCCAAGAGCGCGAGGGCGCUUAUAAGGCACUUCAAGACAGGAUCGAACAGCAACAAACAGGAGACCGAACCGUCAUCGUUCAUGGAGAGGAACUCCAAUACGCCAGCGUGACUUCGUCGGAAGGCGCCAACUACACGGGUCCUCCUGAACAUGGCAGCCUGGGUCCCACCCCUUCCUACACCCCAUCUUCCAACCCCAAUGCCAACAACAACAACGGCCAGGACUCCGGAAGCGAAAAGGAACUCUAA